AUGGAUGAUACAGAAAACCGGGAAAACACGGUGGCCCACUCACGGCAGUGGGGCUUUCGAAUCGGACGGCGUACACAAUCGUUUUCAACGACAACAGCGACGACGACCGCGUCAACCGAGACAGCGAGCAGCGAUAGCACCACCACCACCGGCAGCAGCAGCACCAGCACCAGCACACCACCAGCACACCACCAGCAGCAGCAGCAACAGCCGGCCGUGUUUGGUGGACGCACGCGGAACACACGACGGCGGGACACGACGGGACGACGUCAUUUCCCGGAGAGAGCACUUUCGGCACGCGCAUUCCCGUCGGCGCUUUCCGGAGACCGAUUCGCCGCCGUCGCCGCCACCACCGCCGGCGCGUACAACAACAAAUCACCAGCACCCCACCACCACCACCACCACCACCACCACCAUCACCGCCACUCGCUGUUCCACGCGCCCACCAAUACCACCGAACCCUUCCCGCAUCGAGACCCAAACCACCACCCUCACGGCCGACCAUCACUCCGACCCCACCGACCCACGAGCCCCGGCCACAUCCCUCCGCACCGCCAGAGUCAUCGAGUCGACUGCGUCGCUGCCGCCGCAGGUGCGUGGUACAAAGGUUUCGACGUGGAGCGGGGCGGGGGGCCAGGGGGAGAUAGUAUAGCUGUAAUAUACCCCCCACCUGUACGUAAUAUAAUUACGCGGUGGUAA